UGAUAAAAGCAGUAUUGCACAUUUUCCAGAUUCCGUAUUUCCGUAUUUUUUUGUACUUUUUGGAAAACUCUGCUUAUUCCUUUUAAUUUUCAUUGUAAAAAAUUGUCUGUUGUCGUCAGAAUAUUAUUUUUAAAAAUAUUUUAGAGUUUCCGACAAGUUACAAGGGACCAGAUCAAAAUGAAGUCUUUCCUAUUCGUCUUGCUUUUCGCGUUCACCUCUUGCGUUGUCCGUGCUUUAGAAGACAAAUGUCCUUCAACUGACAUCAAACCUUGUACAUGUAAAACUUACUUCGAUGGCGCCUGCAUCAUAACAUGCAGCUUGGCAAGUCAAGCCAGUGUUGAGAAGAUUGCGGAUAUUCCCAAUUUGUGCGAUGGCCAUGUCCAUUUUGUUCUCGUUCAUACCAAGAUAGAUGGAAUUCCUGCCAAAUUGUGGAAAGUUCUGCUCUCUUCCAAGACAGUGGAUGUCAGCAUCAAACACGCAGGUAUCAAAGGCCUAGUUCCACCUGGCACCGAAUCCAUUCCAGACGUAUACACGUCAGGAGAAGCUGUUAUUAAAAUUGAUCAUUCCACAGUGGAACAAUGGGACUGGAAACAGUUUGCAAACUUUUAUUCAGAAAAGGAACUCACUCUUGUCAUUGACGAUACGCCAUUGUCGGGAAUAGGAGAAGACUUUAAAUCAAUUGCAAAGGGGCAAGUGCACAAAGUGACUAUCGACAGUACAGGAUUAACUGCCAUCGCGAAUCAGCAAUUCGCUUCUUUUCCCGAUAUCAGUUCUCUUUCCUUGCAAAACAAUAAGCUAACGUCCGUCUCGAGGUCCAUAUUGCCAAAACCUGCCAAGAGUCUGCAAUUUCUCCAUCUCAAUGGAAAUGAAUUGACAUCAUUACCAGGAGAUCUGUUUACUGAAAUGCCUGCUUUGGAAGUAGUUUACCUCAGAGAUAACAAACUAGCAGAACUGCCGCAAGAAUUGUUUCAAUCUGCUCCAGCAUCAUUGCAACGAGUCGAUCUUGUCCAUAAUCCAUGGAAUUGCAAUUGUCAAUUGAUGUGGAUUUUGAAGAAAUCUAAAACAUUCGCGAACUUGGGAAACUGUGCAACACCUGAUGAACUCAAAAAUAAGAAAGUUUCUAAAGUUCUGCAACAACUGGAUUGUUAGACGACAAGAAAGAAUAAGGAAAAUGAAGUAUUUGUAAAAUAUCAUAUUGUAGUUAAUAUCAACGUGUGAGGGAAAAUGCAGAGGUUAAUGAUAUUAUAAAUGUAAAACAAAAUGCUGCAUAAUUUGUAAUUAAGAUUACUAUGCAUUUUGAAAUGUCAAUAAAUAUCUCCCUAAAUAAGUGAAAAUUUCAACAAUUUUUUAAGUUUUUAAUUGAUUAAAAUAGAUACUCCAUGAUGUACAAAAUAAACUGAAACUCUUUUUGAUAAAUUAAUUUAAUUAAGAAAACUACAAAUACUAUCAUGGAUAUGAAACUAAUAUAUUUACGACAACCUGGCUAUGACAAGUUGGCAACUGAUUUUCAAUGUCAGAAGACGAGUGCAUUUUUCUGAAAAAGAGGUAAACUUGAAGCUUAGAAUGUGCUCCAGAGAAAUAAUAGUAACAAUAAAUGUAAUUGUAUUGAAUUUAGCGUUUCCCCCUCCCUUAUUUUCUUACUGAGCAUUAUUAUUCCCAGAUCUCGUCAACUUCGAUUUGAGACCAUUUCUUGCAUUAUUAAAAUAAACUCAUCUAACACAACGCUAGCGCGUUACAACCAUUCUUGGGUCUUGUGGCAUUAAACAAAUCAAUUAAUCAACCUCAUAUCCUAUAAUUCUUAAGUCACAUCCAGCAAUCAGUCAGAGUCAGGCUAUGCAAUCUGUAAAAACUAAAAUGUAAAAUGACAGGGGAGGGAUUAAUUUUGAAGAGAAGUAGACUUUUUAAACAAUUCCCGCAAUGACAAAAGUCCUCUUACUGUAUAAGAACUUCCAACUUAAAUGUAAAGUAAGGCCUCGAUGGAUUUUGUGUGUGUGUGUGUGUGUUUGAUAGUUUCAAGCUAAUCUAAUUUUGCUCUUUCAUUUGUUCUACAAGUGCCAUACGAUCGGAUUAAUGCAUAUUAAAAUCAAGUAUUCUUUAAAUUUCAUGAAAUGAUUCUCAGAAUUUCUUUUCAUAUUUCACUUGCACAUCUGUGUGGUUCAAUUUUUUCGUAGUUAACUGCCUAACUCGAAAAUCAACAAUUCUGAUACUGAAAAUAACUUUCUUCCUUGGUGAGGAAAUAAUUUUUUUGGUAUUUCUGCCUGUCAUAAUUUUUUAUUGUUUCUUGUGUUCGGCGAAAUUUUCAUAAAGAUCCAGCAUUUUAUUCAUCUGUUACACAAAUUACAACAGUUUACACUUUAGAGUGAAAAG